AUGUCCGACUCGGAAGACGAUAAGCCUCUGAUCAAGGCCAGGUCCAACGAACGUGUCAAGAUGGACGACACCGACACCAGCAUGGGCGAGCUGAAUCCUGGAGUCUCACUUCGCAUGGGUCCUGUUGACGACAUGGAAGUCGAUCCUCCUGCUACCAACGGCAACGGUAUCAAGCGCAAGUCAUCUAUGAAUGGCAAGAGCUACAAGGACGCGACCGAAUCAGAAGACGAUGACGAUGUCCCAUUGACCAAGCGCAGGAGAACAUCCAAGAACAAGGCCGCUUCCGACUCCGAAGAUGAUCAGCCUCUUGCGAAGAAGACUGGACGUAAGCCUCCGAGGGUUACUGCACAACAAAUCGGCGAAGAAGACGACUCCGAUGUGCCCCUCACAAAGAAACUCGCCAAGGAAAAGGCCGCCAUUGAGAAGAAGGCAGAGAUACAAGCCAAGGCCAUUCGCGCAAAGAAGACUGUCAAAUCCGAAGAAUCCGAGGACAGUGACGACGUGCCACUCAAGAAGGCCAAGGCUGCCCCAAAGAAGAAGACCAAUGGUGUCAAGAAGGAGGAUUCUGACGAUGACAAGCCGCUUAAGAAGGCACCUGCAAAGCGUGCAGCCACCAAGUCGGCAAGCGCUACCCCUGCUGCUUCUGCAAAGAAGGGCAAGAAAGCUGCGAAGGAGGAAAGUCCAGAGGACAAGGAAGAUGUUGAAGAUGGAGAGGAGCAGUACCGCUGGUGGGAGGAUACUGCCAAGGGCGACGGUACCAAGAAAUGGUCCACUCUGGAGCAUAAUGGUGUCGUGUUCCCUCCCGAGUAUGAGCUACUCCCCAAGAGCGCCUGGAUGCGCUACGAUGGUACGCCAGUCAAGCUCCAUCCCGAGGCUGAGGAGGUGGCCACUUUCUUCGGCAGCAUGCUCAACUCGACUCACAACGUUGAGAACCCGACUUUUAUCAAGAACUUCUUUGGCGACUUUAAGAAAUACCUCGACGACACUGGCCAUGGAACGAACGACAAGGGAGAGAAAGUCAAAAUCUUGAAGUUCGAAAAGUGCGACUUCAAGCCUAUCUUCGAGCAUUUCGAAGCUGAGCGCGCAAAGAAGAAGGCCAUGACCACUGCAGAGAAGAAGGAACUCAAGAUUGUCAAGGACAAAACCGAAGAGCCUUACAUGUACUGUCUUUGGGAUGGCCGCAAGCAGAAGGUUGGCAACUUCCGUGUCGAACCUCCUGGUCUCUUCCGUGGACGUGGCGAGCACCCCAAGACCGGCAAGGUCAAGACUCGUGUCAAGCCUAACCAGGUCACCAUCAACAUUGGCAAGGAAGCUACUGUACCUACACCCNCGGAAGGCACCAACUGGAAGGAAGUCCGUCACGACAAUGAAGGCACAUGGCUGGCGAUGUGGCAGGAGAAUGUCAACGGCAACUACAAGUAUGUCAUGUUGGCAGCGAAUUCCGACGUCAAGGGUCAAUCGGAUUUCAAGAAGUUCGAGAAGGCCAGGGAGUUGAAGAAGCAUAUCGACAGAAUUCGCAAGGACUACCAACGUGAGCUCAAGGCCGAGCUGAUGGCCGACCGUCAACGCGCAACUGCCGUCUACCUUAUCGAUCAAUUUGCACUUCGUGCUGGUAACGAGAAGGGUGACGACGAAGCCGACACUGUUGGUUGUUGUUCUCUGAAGUUCGAAAACGUCACUCUCAAGCCACCAAACAAGGUCGUUUUCGACUUCUUGGGUAAAGACUCAAUUCGCUUCUACGAUGAGGUCGAGGUUGAUGCGCAAGUCUUUAAGAACCUCAAGAUCUUCAAGAAGGCGCCAAAGAAAGACGGCGACGAGAUCUUUGACCGUCUCACUACUAGUGCAUUGAACAAGCAUUUGAGCAAUUACAUGCAAGGCCUGACUGCCAAGGUGUUCCGUACUUACAACGCCUCCUGGACAAUGGCAAGGCUGCUUCAAGAUAUGAAGGCAGUCGGAACACACGCCGAAAAGGUCAAGGCCUACAACGACGCAAACCGCAGGGUGGCCAUCCUCUGUAACCACAAGCGUACUGUCGCUGCCGGACACGCCGCGCAGAUGGAGAAGGUACAAGACAAGAUCGACGCUGUCAAGUAUCAACAGUGGCGUGUCAAGCAGAUGAUGCUGGCCCUCGACUCUAAGCUGAAGAAAAAGAAGGGUGCUGAGUGGUUUGCUCUUCCGGAGGGCCUUGACGAGGAAUGGCAGAAGAAGCACCACGAAGACCUUAUUGAGCAGGAACGCCUGAAGAUCACCAAGAAGUUCGAAAAGGAGAACGAGAAGCUCAAGGCGGAGGGCGACAAGGAGAUGAAGCCCAAGGAGCUUGAUGAACGACUUGAAGUUGCCACUGAGCUGGAGAAGAAACUCAAAGCCGAGCUCAAGACGAAGAAGAUUGAGCCUGAAGGCAAGGGACCCUCUGUCGAGAAGUACGAGGGCCAAAUCGAGAAGUUCGCAGCCAGAAUCAACAACAUGGAGCUGCAAGCUGAGGACAGGGAGAGCAACAAGGAGGUCGCUCUGGGAACUUCCAAGAUCAACUACAUCGAUCCUCGUCUCACUGUCGUCUUCUCCAAGAAGUUCGAUGUGCCCAUCGAGAAGUUCUUUUCCAAGACUCUACGCGAAAAGUUCGCAUGGGCCAUUGCUUCCGUUGAUGAGGACUGGGAGUUCUAA